CCCGUUGCUAUGGUAACCGUCUGUUUACACGCCCGAGGACUUUGCGGCUGCGACCCGGACAUCCUGAAAGACUGAUUUAAAAAACAUUUAUUGUAAUUAUACCCUAAACGCUGGAGUGAGGAGCGCUCCCUGAAAGUGCAGCUUGCCCUGCCAAGGACACAUCUAAUAGAACCACAGAUCUCUGCAGUCAGACGUUCGGGGAGAAAUGUCCCAUCUCACGAAAGCAGCAUCCAAGUUCCUGCCCUCAGAAUGGCGUCAGGCAAACCAGGAGCAUUAUGGGAAUGCCAAUGCCGAGCUUUCGCGAUCGGAGCGUUUAAUUGCAGCAAGCAAAAGGCUGGUCGAAGAAAGUGACAAGGCAGUUCAGCGCAUGCAACAGGAUGUCAAUAAGAGGCUGGAGCAGAGGAUACAGGAUAUUCGGUUCUGGAGGCAAGAGCUGAAUCUGAGUCUGGAGAACAUGGUUCUGGAGGUGGAGGCACUGCUCACGCUCCGAACGCGGCUGGAACGAGCACUGGCGGGCUGCUCCGAGCCCCUGGAUGUCACUCUUCAGUGUCUGGCUGAGAGGGAGAAUCGUGUCGGCAUCGACCUGGUGCAUGAUGAGGUGGAAAAGGAGCUGAAGAAGCAGAAGGAAGUGAUUGAGUCUGUGUCUGCGCUGCUUCAGCGGACCCUGGAGCAAACUACUGAGCAGAUCCGACUGAAUCGCUCCAUGAAGUAUUGGCUGGAAAAGGACCUAAGGGACAAGUUUCAAGCUGAGCAGAUCGAUGAUCACUGCUGCAUCCUCAGCAGGAGCUCUGCCGAGGCCCCCCCCGCUGAAGGGGGCACCACAGCCCCGGGCGCCACCCUGACGCCGAAGGAGUGGGAGUUUUUCUCAGAGCAGAACGUCCGCAAGGCGGAGCGCGAGAAGAACAACUCCGCCUCGCUGCGCGCCCUGGCUGAGAGCCUGCUGGAGCAGACAGGCUCCGAUCUGCGCCACAUGCAGCUGGCUGUGGAGGCAGCGCUGGAGCGCCGUGUCCAGGAGACCAAGGCCGCCAAGCAGCUGCUGGAGGAUCGGCUGUACAAGGUUCUGGAGGAAAUAGGCAGCCUGGAGAUGAGCAUGGCGACACUGCGGGCGGCCAUCGCGGACAAGCGGGCCCCGCUGAGUGUGGCCCAGGCCCGCCUGGAGGUGCGAGGCAGGAGACCCCAUGUAGAGCUUUGUCAGGACGACGCCCAGGUGCAGCUCCGCACUGAGGUCCGGGAGCUCAGCAGCCAUGUGCAGAGGAUGAGCGAGACCCUGUCACUGUCGGAGGCAGAACUCCAGGCCCUGACGCGCAGGCAGCUGGACCUGGAGGAGGAGAUCCAAGUCAAGGCUCACUCGCUGUACGUGGACGAAGUCGUCUGCACCCGCCUCUGGCAGUCUGUUGUCAUCCACGCUUUCUGAGGUGGAGUCUGGGAGAGACAGACGGAUGCAGUUCGUCUGCAUGGGGACGGGGGCCUGUUCAUCGGAAACAAGAAAUACCUGAACGACACGAACUCGGGAAGACAGAUCUAUCAUCUUGGGUUUUGUUUUUCUUGCGGGGUGUGAAGCUGACAAACAGUCAUCGCAUAACACGGCUCUGGUCACUGGUCAUGUUUUGAUAGUGUGUGACUGUGAAGACCCUGGUGGGGCUACUGUCUGUCCAGCUGGUCCUUGUGCUGCACAUGUCCACACACAUGCAUACGGACACCACGCUCUUCUUUAACCCUAAUUAUCAUUACUUUGAUCAAACUGAUGUUUCUAAAUCUUAAUAAA